AUGACAUUUAUUGUAAGCGCAAUCGGAUGGUUAGGAACAGCCUUAUCCAUUUUUCUUGUUCUUGCUCCAUAUAGAACCUUGGCCAAUGCACUCCGACAAAAACAAGGAAAAGCUUCAUCGUCCGAUACCAUUGAUAUUUCGACUUCUCCUGAUUCUCUCUCACCAUUCCCAUAUCUUGCCCUAUGUAUCAGCGCUCUGUUAUGGGUUACUUAUGGAAUUAUUGUUGAAGAUAUGGUCAUAGUGAUUACCAAUGCAUUUGGCUUUUGUGCUGCAUGCUACUACAAUUGGCUAUUUUACAUCAUCACCGAUAGAAAAGAAGAGUUUAUUUCAAAGUGUUCUAUUGCCCUUAUUAUUUAUAUUGUUGCAUUAGGAUUUGUGCUAUUUGUCGCUCCAACUCAUAAGGUUGUGAGUUAUUUGGGCUUUAUUGCAGCUGUUGGAGGUAUUGUCAUGUUUGGAAGUCCACUAGUUCAUCUUAAACAGGUAUUGGAAAAACAAAAUGCAGAAUCGAUCCCAUUACUGGUGGCAGUUGCCAACACUUCAUGUAGUUUUGUGUGGAUGUUAUAUGGAUAUUUGCUUUCUAAUUCUGCGAUUUUGGUUCCAAACUUGUUGGGUUGUUGUCUUGGUGUGAUACAGUUAUCAUUGAAAUACAUGUAUAGAAAUAGAGGAUUGCAGACCAAGGUAUUUUCAAUGCCUGUAGGAGUUGUUUCAGACAAUGUCUAA